ACUAGAUAUUUUUUUACUUUUUUCUAUGACUUAUUUGGCUGUUGUUGCCACUUUUAGUGGAAGCUCUUUUCGGGUUUGGUCUUAAGCCGUUGUCCAGUCGUUGAUUCAGUUAGCUUCGGCAGUUCGAGAUGAUCACGUCGCGUAUUCGGCUCAACUAACUGUAAAGUUAUUAUUAUUCUCGAGUAUUUUUGCGCCUUUGCAUACAAAGAAGUUGCCCAAGUUUCAGAGCUUAAUAAUUGGGAAUCAUUAAAAAAUAUCAAUUAGCUGUCGCCCACAUUAGCAUGUCGCAACAGUGGCUCUUAAACUGUGCCAACUAUGUGGUCUACCUGGCGGUGAUCUUGCUAUUUGCCACUAACUUGGGGAACGCCUCCAGCCAAAUCGAUGUGGAUGCGGACCUGAAGCACAUGUUGGGCCGGUGCCAAAAGAGGGACGAGGAUUUUAACGAGUGCAUGCGACAGGUGUUCAACGAUCUGAGGGCCUACUUUACUACUGGUGUGCCCGACUAUAACAUCAAGCCCUUUGACCCGCACCGCUGUACCUAUGUUGAGCUGAGGCGUGGCGAUUCACAAGGCCUUGGCAGCUUUAAGCUGAUCUUGCGCAAUGUCUCCGAGUUCGGAUGGGCUCGAUCCGAGGUGACCAAAUUCCGUGCCGACCCUGAGGAUCAACGCAUCGUAUACGCUCAGUAUUUCCCGGAGAAGAGUCUGGAGGGGGAUUAUGAGUUAUCCGCCAAGAUGCUGGGCACGGAGAUGAACCGAAAAGGUCACUGGAACCUUACCCUCUAUGAUUACAGUCAAACCAGUAGCGUGCGACGGAUCGGAGAACCGGGUUCGCUGAUUAAGGUGCACGUAGAGGUGGACCGCAUCGGCGGAAUGGAGCUCCACAUUGAGAAUCUGCUGCAAGGACAGCCACUUAACCAACUGGCCGACGGCGUUAUUAACAGCAUGUGGCAACUGGGAUUGCCCUUCAUCAAACCGAUGAUAAACGAGUUGGUCAGCUCAGCAUUUACCGACAUAUUUAAUGAAUCUUUCCGACACUUUCCCCUCGAUAAGUUCCUCUCCACGUGACCUCAUCUAGAUUCUUAUACAUGUUUUGUAGUAUAUUUUAUGAAACGUAUAACAAUGGCUAGUUAAUUAAAUACUUAGACGACA